AUGCCGCCCCCUACUACCAUAAUACAUGUAAUGAGACAUGCUCAACAUGAUGAUUCCACUGGGCUAUUAACGGAUGAAGGGAAGGAACAAGCAGUCAGACUUGCUCGCCUAUUUCGAAACGAACGAUUCAUAAUCGCGCAACAUAUCACCCAUAUAUUUUGUUCGCCAGUGCCUCGAUGUCAACAAACUGCGAAGAUAGCCCUCAGAGAUGUGACUGCUCGUGGGAUUCCAAUUGUGACUAUACAAGAGCUUUCUGACAAUAGGGAAGUAGGUCUCUCUUUCAUUUGGAGGUACAUCAGUCUUCGUGAGAGAAAUGAGAUCAUAAUGAUAACUCAAGGAGUUGUUCUGGAAACACUCCUCGGUCUCCACAACGUAGUAUAUCAACCAGAAGAGUUCCCUAAUGUUCUAAUCAGGAGCUACCUUCUGAUACAAGAGCUUCACCAUGUUCCUCGUCCAAGAUUACGUAGGGAGAGAGGGCCAGUAGAUCAACCGCCUGACUAUUCAAUCGCACACUACCGCAUGGCUGUGAAAUGUGCCAAAGCUUUGAUUAAAUACAUACCGAUCGUAUGGUUCGUUAUUAGUGUGAUAGGCCUAACGAUUUAUUUCACAAUUUCAUCGUCUCAAAGGGCCCACUAG